UCUUCACCCUUAUCCUUAAACUCUCCAAACUCAAACCUAAAUCCCCUAGAUUGCUCUGCACAAAUUCCUAUCCAUUCCACCGCUCUUCAAAAUCCAAUCCCACUCCAAAAAAAAAAAAAAUCAUCAAACAAAUGAGAGGUCAAGAUCCUCAAACAAAGGCCCUCAACGAUCUAUGGUCGAUGAUGGUGCACUGUUUCCGGCCGUCGCCUCUCUCCAUCUCCUUCCCCACCCUCUCUCCGCCGCAGUCGCCCACGGCGUCAUCGCGGCGCCUCCAGAUUUCCCCGACGGCCUUCGGGUUGCUCUUCAUUGGGAUCUCGAUGGCUCUGAUGCUAUUCGGAAUAGUCACUUUCUUGAUCGGAUUCGUGCUCAUGCCGCUCGUGAUCAUGCUGGUCACGCUCUUCUACUUUGCCGGGAUCGUCGUGAAGGUGUCGGAGAUUGGCCGGAGCAUCCUCUGGCCGAGCUCCGAUUGCUAUAAGGUCGUGCCAGUGUGGAAUUACUCAAACUAAGACAGCAUUUUGAACAAUGGCAGCAUUUUUUUCUCUCCUUUCUUUUUGAAGCUAGUGACCAUGAUCUUUCUUUCUGAGGCUUAGUGAUCAUGACAUAUACUUUUUGUAAUAGUAUUAUAGAGCAUUUCUUUGCAUACUAAAGAAUUUUAUGUAAACGUCCAAAUCU